AUGUCAACCGACCUAUCGACAUCCCCGCCAGCUACACUAUCCUCCACUCUUGCCCCGGCCAUAUCCACCCCUUCCGCUAACCCCAAGUAUCCGCAUACACGCGCUCUCCUCGCCUCUCUCGCACGACAAUACCGUGCACCCGACGACCUAGGCAGCUCUCCCGUUGGACUUGGUCCCAGUAUCGGGAGCGAUGGGGAGAGCGAGGGUGAGGGACGCGACCCGAUCAGCUCGUUAGGCGGAAAUGAGUUCAUUAGGCGUGUUGUGGGACUCAUCAGGGACGAGGAUGAGCCAGAGCUCAGGAAGAAGCUGAAGGAGAGUUUUGGUGCUGAAGGUUCAGAAUUUGAAGCAAACUUGGACGCGCAUGUUAUCGAACUAAUGCACAAGCAUCACAGCGACCUCAUGGGAAUGCCGUUUUCAGUGCUUACGCCUAUCAAGCGCCCACAGAACCUUUCUCGCCCAUCUUCCCGCGCAUCGCAGAACUCAUAUCGUCGACCCGAGACCCCGACACUCCUGGGCCAAUCUGGCCGCACGGGAAGUUUUGGCGCGAGAAACAGGCCGCAUACACCUGUCAGUGCAAGCAGGUUGACAAGUGUGUUGAUCCAAGCACACGCGAAUUCGGCCUUAUCAGGGGAGGAAAGUGACGGUGGCGGUCCACUCAGCAGCAUAUAUGGUGCUGGAAGUACUUUCUCCGACUCUCCCACCCCUUCUCCACGCCUCGGCAGCGUGCGAAUGCCCGCUGCCCGGCCGCUUCUUCCCACUAGCUUGAGCAGCUCCGACCUGGCCUCCGCUGGCAUGCCUUCGCCCACCGGCUCACCGCGUUAUCUCAACGCCAAAGCACUUGAGUUCCGCCCUGGAUCUGGCAGACCCUUGAGCGCCAUGAGCGGCAGCUUCAAUGCCAGCGGGGUAUCUGCUACUCAUGGCAGAGAAAGCCCGGGGGACAACCUAUGGACACAUAACUCGAACGACGCCGGCAUGCUCACACCAAGUUUCUCGAGCAAACUUGCCAUUGCCGCUCCGCUCCUGCCGGAAUAUACAAGGGAAUCACCCGUCCCCAGUCCGCUAGCUGCGAGUUUCAGAGCUGCUGGCAAAGGGGUAUUAUCCGUUCAUGGAGAAGAGGAUGACGACGAUGAUGAUUCGCGUCCCGGCACACCGGCGAGUCAUGAUGCCACCCCCGUCAAGUCUAACACUGCUGCUGGUACACCUACGAACACAGCGAGCGGCGUGAAACCUAUCCGGAUGCGCCCACGGUCGGAUACGCUGGACGACGAAGAGUUCUCGCCGUUCUACAUGGCCGCGAAAGAUCAAGCAUCCAAAGCAGGUUUGCUUAGCGUGCCUUACGGUUGCUCGCCAUACGACGUUGAGUCAGGCGGAAGCAGUGCGAGUGCAAGCAGCCCGGGUCACUCCUUCGACGUCCCAGGGCCGAUGAACAUGCUCGGUGUUACUCAACGGAAUCCUUACGCUUCGACAACGGAAGACGACAUGGGCAUGCUUGCGAGCCAAUUCGGCAGGAUGGACAUGCUCCCUGACGAUAAUUCCCCUCCUUCGGACGACGAUAUUCUUCACAUGCCCAAUCACUACCUCCUUGGCGGGCUAGACGAAGACGGCUACCCGCUCCCUGGACCAUAUGGACAGUACGGCCAAGGCGAAGAUGGCAUGGGCAUGACACCUAUGGAGAUGCUCAUCCAGAUGUUUGGCUCUUCCGCUUCCCCCCAAGAUCUGGAACAGGCACUCCAGGAAAGCGGGUACGACUUCGAGGGUGCGAUCGCUUGGCUUGUGGACCGGCAGAACGGGGGUACGGGAAUACCCGGACCGCACAACGGGAACGGCGCGCAUCAUGUUCAGCCCAGAGCGCAUCCCCAUGGUGGCGGGCGCGUCCUCGUCAUGCCCCGCGAGGAUUAUAGCCGGAUGGCGAAUGGAGACAGAGGCAGCCCGAGGUAUGGCAUGAUGGGGCCUGGUGGCAGACCCCAGGGGGUACCCAAUCGCGUUUGCAGGUAUUUCUUGCAGGGUGAGUGUAGGAGGGCGGAUUGUCGUUUCAGUCACGAUAUCGAACGGGCCUUGUGCCGUUUCUGGCUUCGCGGCCAAUGUGCCAAAGGCGAGCAGUGCGAGUUCGUGCACGAGAUCCCUCCAGGUUGGGACCAGGCUCAAGUUCAGGCCGUAAUCGCUGCCAAUCGGGCGAGUGCGUCCAAUUCACGCCCUCAAACGCCGCAGGGCGGAGAGGACUUCCCGCAACUGGGGCGCCGUGGUCCGUACCCAUUCGGCCCCGCUCGUGCCGGGUUCGAUCCUAGUCGAACGAGGUUCGCGAACGCUGUGAAGACAUCCGCCACACCUCGAGGCUACGGUCCACACAUCGCCGUCACAGGCCGGCAAUUCAUGGUCAAUCCCCAAUCGCGUGGCCCAGUGGACUUUCCGCAACAGUCAAUCUACGACCGGAUGCCUCAACCUCGUCCGUCGACUCGUAUCCGCUUACGCCCGCCAUCACUCCUUCCCCCACUGCCUACCGGGGCUUCGGUCAGCGCCUUGUACAUGCAGUAUCGCAGUCGUGCGCACCAGCUUGCUGCCAACAGGAAUGCCAACCUGACCAAAGCUGCCAACGCCUGGCGGAGCAACGACGGUGCUGCUGCCAAGAGCUUUUCUCGCGCUGCGGCAGACCUCAACGCGCGUAUGCAGGCUGAGCUGGCUCAUUCAGCUCGUUUGCUCGUCAAGGAACGCGCGAGGAUCGCACAGGAUGCGGUGCGUGCUCGCGAGACUUGGGCGGCGGAUGAUGCUGCGGAUCGGACAAGUCGCGGCAAGCCUUGUGGAAACGCUUUGGGCGUCGUCCUUGGUGUUGCGAGGGAAGGCGCGCCUACGCCAGAGGAACGAAUGGAAUGUGUGCUUGAUCUACAUGCGCUGCAUGCGAAUGAAGGCCAGGAAAUCCUAGACGAAUUCUUGACUAGCUUGGAACAUGAGAAUUAUCAUGGUCUUGCUUAUAUUGUUAUUGGCGAGGAGAGGCAUACUGGUACAAACGAUCCUGCUCGCGGCACGUCCAAGCUGCGCCUGGCAAGCGGCAUAAAGGACUAUCUGCAUCAGUUCGCUUACGCCUGGCAAGAACGCGAUGGUGUCAUUUGGGUCGACCCGUUGACGCACGGCGAAUAGAUUGUAGAACGAAAAUGGAUCCACCAGCGCGCUGGGAGGGUGUUAUAUCCCUUUCUUGCAAGAUGCUGAAGGGAAAACGUGCUGUUGUUGUGUUGUUAUGAAUCGAAAGGACCUUCACGAACGUUGAUGUCUAUACCGGGAAUACAGAAGGCAGAAGAAAGAACCAAAUCGGCAACAAGGGUUGUAUAAUACAUACAUACGAAAGAGAAUUAUGUAAAGAAUCCAAC